AUGGUAGAUCAAGAGGAAACUGAAGAACUCAAGCUUCUUGCUGAAUGGAAGAGAAAGAAAGGUGGAUUCAGAGCUACCAUGUUUAUUUUUGUUUUGUCAGCAUUGGAUAAUAUGGGUUUUGUUGCAAACAUGGUUAGUUUGGUUCUGUAUUUCUAUGGAGUGAUGCAUUUUGAUCUAUCAAGUUCUGCAAAUACUCUUACAAACUUCAUGGGUUCAACUUUCUUGCUUUCUCUUGUUGGUGGAUUCAUAUCAGAUACUUAUUUGAAUAGGUUCACCACCUGUUUGAUAUUUGGCUCCUUAGAAGUUCUGGCUUUGGCAAUGGUUACUUUUCAAGCUGCUUCAGGUCAUUUACAUCCAAAUGCAUGUGGGAAAUCGAGCUGUGUGAAAGGUGGGAUUGGGGUUAUGUUUUAUGCGUCGUUGAGUUUGUAUGCACUGGGUAUUGGUGGAGUGAGAGGGUCUAUGACUGCUUUUGGUGCUGACCAGUUUGAAGAAAAGGAUCCUAAUGAAGCAAAAGCACUUGCGAGUUAUUUCAAUUGGCUUUUGCUUAGUUCAACUGUUGGAGCAAUUUCUGGUGUUACUGGUGUUGUUUGGGUUAGUACACAAAAAGCUUGGCAUUGGGGGUUUUUCAUAAUAACCAUAGCUUCUUCUAUUGGUUUUGUCACAUUUGCUCUUGGUAAGCCUUUCUAUAGAAUCAAAGUUCCUGGAGAUAGCCCCACCAUCAGAAUUGCUCAGGUUAUUGUUGUGGCGUUUAAAAACCGAAAGCUGUCACUGCCAGAGUCACACGAAGAACUAUAUGAGAUAAGUGACAAAGAUGCAACAGUGGAGAGAAUUCUUCACACAAGCCAAAUAAGGUCUCUAGAUAAAGCAGCAAUUCUGCAAGAAAACAUGAAACCACAACCAUGGAAAGUGUGCACAGUGACACAAAUUGAAGAAGUGAAAAUCCUGCGCCAUUCUGCUACCAACAGACAAUGCCAGCUACAACCACUACCCUGCUACAAACUCACACCAGACCAACCAUUCUGCUAUCCCUGCUUUAACUCCUCCCACACCAGACAACUCUGCGACAAUACAACCUGCCCCCUGCUACACUAG